UGGGGACAUCAGCUGACUUACUCUGACAUUCCACUAGACUUCCCUGACUGUAUGGAAUGGGAGUUUUCCCAUCGUGGCAUCCAUCACGGGGAACCAACCGGGCCGGUGCAUGACAAUUUCUGGAGCGACAGGAAGCACCGAAUGAGCCUCGGUCACUCUUGGCAAACCGUAGCUUCAGAAUCGCUAGUGAGCAUGCGCGAACCUCCCGGCCCGAGGGAGGAUGCUGACGGAAUUGAAAAUGGUCCAGAGUGGCCAUUUCGGCGCAGUCACGUGGUCUGCGGUGUUGUCGCUGUCCAGACGCCGAGGGUUUUGGGGGCCACCGUUAUCCGGGGCCCUCCGGCGCCGGGAUGCUAAGGGCUUUCAUCAGAUCCCACUUUGGAAACAAGUUAAUGUCUUCCACUUCUCACGGUUAAAAGGACUUUCCAGUAUCUCGGCAGAGCCCUGGAUCAGGUCACAUCAUUCAGACUGCAGAAUUUCCCUUCACACCACUGCUGACUUCUGCCUGGCUACUCUCCUUGGAGCAUCCAGGAAGCCAUCAGCUUAAAGUUCCUGCAAAAACAAAAUCCAUCUGCCAACAAUAGAGACCAAGAGAAGGAACAUGCCUGCUGCCAUGAAAUCCUCCCAGAAGCCCCAGAGCCUGGGUCCAGAGGAGCUGGAUGGCUCAUGUGAGAGUUUGGUGUCCUUUGAGGAUGUAACUGUGGUCUUCAGCCAGGAGGAGUGGCAGCAGCUGGACCCUGCCCAGAGAUGCCUGUAUCGCGAGGUGAUGCUGGAGACCUACAGCCACCUCUUGUCAGUGGGCUGUCACAUUCCCAACCGAGAGACCGUCUUCAGCCCGAAGAAAAGAAAGAAAACACAAGUGGGGAAGACUAAACUGCCACGUCAGCGGUGCUGUUGCCAAGGUUGGGAGUCAGGGCUUCACAACUCUCAACAGGAAUUCUCUGAGAACACAGCAUUUCAAAAUGACAAGGCAACUGAAGUCACAAGACAUUUUUCGUGGUGUUCCAUUCUAGAAGAACUAUGGCAGGAUGUUGAUCCUGCAAAAAGAGGUCAGCAAAACCAGAUCCCACCCUUGAGGCCUGGUGUUUUCCUCAGCAGGAAAACACUGAGCACAGACAGGGGCUGGGAACAUGACGAGCCUGGGAAAACCCUUCCUUGGAGACCUAACCCUGUCUCUGCACAAAAAGGGCCUCCAAAGUGUUGCUCGCUGGAAAAAAGUUUGACGCCUAACCUGGACAGAAAUGGUCAGAAUCAAAGCAGUGCCACAAAGAAGCUUAAUGACAUUGUCACAUCUGGUCAGCUCUUCACACAAGACUUGUCUGAUGCCAACUGCAUGCAUCAACGAGAGAAAUCAUUCAAGGGUAGUCAAUGCACAAAAGUCCUCAGCCAUAAAAAGACACCUGCGUUGCAUGAGACACAUUCUCAGGAGAAACAAAAUGAGGAUGGAAAGGGCUUCCAUGACAGGUCAGCUUUCCAUAAACAUCAUGCAUCUCACACUGGGGACAGACCUUUUGUCUGUCACACAUGUGGGAAAGCCUUCCUCCAGGAGGCAGAGUUGGCAUGUCACCAAGAAACUCACAUAGGAGAGAAGCCUUACGAAUGUCCCGAUUGUGGGAAGUCAUUUAGUCGGACGUCCAACCUGCAGGUGCAUCACAGAAUUCACACUGGGGAGAAGCCCUAUGAAUGUCGGGACUGUGGGAAGUCAUUCAAUAAUACAUCCCAACUGAAGGUACACUAUCGAAUACACACUGGUGAGAGACCUUAUGUGUGUGCUGAGUGCGGAAAGGCCUUCAAGCAAAAGUCAAUCCUUAGCACACACCAGAUGAUUCACACAGGGGAGAAGCCUUACAAAUGCAGUGCCUGCGAGAAGUCAUUUAGUUGUACAUCCCGACUGAAGGUGCAUUAUCAAAUUCACAUGAAGGAGAGACCUUAUGAAUGUGGUGACUGUGGGAAAGCUUUCAAGCGCAAGUCAAGCCUCACCGUACACCAGAAAAUUCAUAUUAGGCGUAUACACCAUGUAUGCGCUGAGUGUGGGAAAGCCUUCAGUGAGAAGUCAGAAUUCAGCAUGCACCAGAGAAUUCACAUGCAGAAGAAUUCUCACAGAUGUGGCGACUGUGGGAAAUCAUUUACUUACGCAUCCCAGCUGAAGAUGCAUCGUCGAAUUCACACGGGGGAAAAGCCUUACAAAUGCCGGGACUGUGGGAAGUCGUUUACUUACUCAUUCACACUGAACGUGCACCGUCGAAUCCACAAGGGGGAGAAGCCUCACAGAUGUAGCGUCUGUGGGAGAACCUUGGCUUCUAAGUACCAACUGGAAGAGCAUGAGCGAAUUCACACGGGCGAGAAGCCCUACGUGUGCACUGAGUGUGGGAAAGCUUUCCACGGCAGGUCAGGUUUCCUGAGACAUCAGAUAACUCACACUAGGGAUAAACCUUUCGUCUGUCACAAAUGUGGGAAGUCAUUCUUCCAGAGAUCACAGUUGACGUCGCAUCAGCAAACUCACACUGGAGAGAAGCCUUAUAAAUGCCGUUACUGUGGGAAAUCAUUUAGUCAUACAUCCCAGCUGACAGUGCAUCACCGGAUUCACACAGGCGAGAGGCCUUACAAGUGUACCUACUGUGGGAAAUCGUUCAGUAAUUCCUCCCAGCUGAAGGAGCACCUCCGAAUCCACACAGGAGAAACACCUUAUGCCUGUUCUGAAUGUGGGAAGGCCUUCAGCAGGAGAUCGUCCCUCAAUCUGCACGUGAAAAUUCACACUGGAGAGAAGCACCACGUAUGCAGUGAGUGUGGGAAAGCCUUCAGUCAGAAGUCAGUACUUACAACACACCAGAGGAUUCACACUGGGGAGAAGCCGUACAAAUGCAGUGACUGCGGGAAAGCUUUGGCGUCUAAGGGCCAGCUCCGAGAUCACCAGCGAAUUCACACCGGAGAGAAACCAUAUGUUUGCACAGAGUGUGGCAAGGGCUUCUAUGGCAGGUCGUCUUUGCAUAGGCACCAGAUAACUCACACUAGGGAGAGACCUUUUGUCUGUCACAAAUGUGGAAAAGCCUUCCUCCAGAAGUCAGCAUUGACUUCCCAUCAGCAGAUUCACACAGGAGAGAAACCUUAUGUGUGUACGGAAUGUGGGAAGGGUUUCUACAACAAGUCAUCUUUGCCUAGACAUCAGAUAACUCACACUAGGGGACGACAUUUUGUCUGUCACAAAUGUGGGAAGUCCUUCCUACAGAAAUCAACAUUGACAGCCCAUCAGCGAACUCACACUGGAGGGAAGCCUUAGGAAUGCCAUGGAAAGUGUGCCAUAAUACAUCCCUGUUGAAGGUCCAUAUCAUAUCCAUGUAAGAAAAUGCGUUAGUAUACAAAGAGUGUGGGAGUCCAUUCAGCAUUGUUCCCAGCUAAAAUUACAGCUUUGAAUUCAUAGUGGGGAGAGACCAUAUGUGGGUUCUGAAGGUGGGACAGUCAACGUCAGAUUGCAGAAGAUACCAAGCAACUCAUAGCAGACACAGUCUUACAGACAUAGUUGUUGCAUGAAAGGCUUUACCAAGAAGUCAAUAGAUAGUCUAUAAGCAUAUUUCUAUUUGAAGUAUAAUCUUUUGAGUUCCUUGAAGAAAAUAUUUUAUGAGAUUUCAUUCUAAUAGAAUUGUACUUAAAUAUCUAGAUACACAUUGCUUGUUUAAAUACAUACAACAUUAUAUGAAAGAAAUAAAGAACUUGUAAGAAAAUGCACAAAUGUCCACAUUGGGAGUGGCCUUUUUAGGGAUUAUGAAUUUCAUUCCAUGAGGAAGCCCUAAAUAAUGGGUUGAGAAACUCUGUAGAAAGUGGGAUAAGACACAUUACCAGACUAUGCAGGGAAAUUCUAUCAAUGGUAUCCCCUUUAUUGUAGAAUAUGAAUAUUUCUAAAGGCAACAAUGGGAAAGACAGGACAGUAUUUUUAUGGAUCUAUACCAUAUAUAUAUAUAUGAUUGUACAUUUUAUGUAAAUGGUUUGAUCAGCAUACAUAUAUUUGCAUACAUAUUU